CCGUCGAACGCGAUCUUCCGUGCAUUCCUAGUUGAUCACCAAACAUUAGAAAACCCCGUGCAUAGAGGCUUGCGUUCCUCUUUCUCUCUUCGUGUUGCGCUGUUGACGGUAGGAGCACCUGAUUUAGAAGACCUGAGCAUCGGGUACGAAUAGUGUUCCAAUUUUAAUUGUCUGAAAAGAAGAAACUAUGCCUCUGGAGGACCGGUGUGACUAAAUCGAGUGCCCCUACUGCGCUCAAAUCACCGUGCCUACAGCAUUCACCAACCAGGCCACAGAUUGUCAUAGCUGAACCAUAUGUUCUGAUUGAACAUCUAUUUUCUUGCGAUUGACAGGGGAGGGAGACCCCCUUGCUCCUGCCCUAAAAAUAACCUGGUCAACGGUAUAGUGCACUAUAGAAUAGUUUUAUAGUCAAAAGCAGUGUACUAUAAAAUAAGUGUCAUUUCAGACGAGCUCCUGUCGUCGAUGUGCAGCUGUACUUCCUUGAUGAUGUACAGUACAGAGUCUGUGCUACAGUACAAUCCAAUUGCAUAUUUAGGUUGUGAUGCGGCCUGCACUGUGCAAUGUGCUCGGUUCAGCAUAGCGCCCCUCUUCUCUACAGCUCCCACUGCACUUACAGUCUACAGUACUGUGUGUUCCUACUCUGUACUGUGACUGAGUGGCUGUGUGUGGGACGUCUCCGCUCCUCUUUCUCUAUGCGGUUUGCCCCACAGUGCGCUUAUCCCGUUCGCACCCGUUGCUUUUACGCGCCGCUCGACGUCUGCAGGCACACACACAGUAGCACCGGUCUCUCCCCUGCACCGCACGCAACCCCAAUCGAUGGAGGUAAUACACAGCGCGGGAGUCUUUAGCACCGUUGGCAAAACUGCCUUCCUGUGUUUUUGCUGAGGUUUUCUUCCUCAAUAGGAUAAAUUAUUUUUUUGUCCUCGUUUGAUUUGGUAUCAAAAUGUGGGACAUAUCUAUUGAUUUCAGAGCAUCGUCCUUAGCGGAGAACUCGGAAUCUUAGCGGCUUGGCUGAAGGGAAUAACGGAGUAAUUCUCUCUCUCCUUCCCCCCCGUCGGAACAAGAGGAGUUUGCAUGCAAAAGGUGGUUUAUUUCGGCAAGGUAAACCUCCAUCCCCCUUCUUCCAGUAUACCACCAUGGCUGAGAAGGUCGGCCCUAAGACUCCCAUCAACCACCCAGGGGUGACUUCCCUCCCCCCAGACCCCAUCCAGAUAAUCCGCAGCAAGGCCCGCUCCAGGAGGGUUCGCGUCAAUGUCGGAGGUCUAAACCACGAGGUCCUGUGGCGGACGCUGGACCGGCUGCCCCGUACCCGCCUGGGUAAGCUUCGCGACUGCAACACCCACGAGAGCCUGAUGGAGGUCUGCGACGACUACAGCCUCCAUGAGAACGAAUACUUCUUUGACCGACACCCGGGCGCCUUCACCUCGAUCCUCAACUUCUACCGCACAGGGAAGCUGCACAUGAUGGAGGAGAUGUGCGCCCUGUCGUUCGGCCAGGAGCUCGACUACUGGGGUAUAGAUGAGAUCUACCUGGAGUCUUGCUGCCAGGCCCGGUACCACCAGAAGAAAGAACAAAUGAACGAGGAGCUGCGGAGGGAGGCGGAGACGCUGAAAGAGAGAGAGGGAGAGAUUGAGUUUGAUAACACCUGCUGCCAGGAGAAGAGGAAGAAGCUUUGGGACCUCCUGGAGAAACCCAGCUCAUCCCUGCCUGCCAAG